GGCGCGAUUCGUACCUGAAUAAAUAGUUUGGAAACGUUAUAAGAUUGAACUGGCUGCUUUCUGAUUUUAACAGAGUAUGAGGAAUGAGGAGAAAGGCAAGGGAAGAGGAGGGUAUAACAGUAGCAAUAAAAACAAAUUGAAGACAGGGAGUGGGAGUGAUAAGGACUCCAACAUCACCACCAUGAAAGCUUCAGGAGCAAAACUCUUCAUCGGCGGGCUCUCAUGGGAAACCACUACAGAGAAAAUGGUGGAGCAUUUCAAAAAGUAUGGAGAAAUAAUAGACUCGGUGAUAAUGAAAGAUCGAGGCACUGGUCAUCCUCGGGGAUUUGGUUUUGUGACAUAUUCCGACCCUUCCGUUGUCGACUCUGUUAUGCGCCACACUCAUACCUUGGAUGGGAGAACUGUUGAGGUGAAGCGAUCAAUUCCAAGAGAAAGCAUGGACUUGCUGAAGGGGCCAAAGACAAAGAAACUCUUUGUUGGUGGCUUGCCUACUUCGGUUUCUGAAGAGGAAUUCAAGAAUUAUUUCAAAAGCUAUGGCAGUGUUGUUGAGGCACAAAUUAUGCAAGACCAUAGCACUGGCCGUUCACGAGGAUUUGGAUUUGUGACUUUUGAUAGCGAGCAAACAGUUGAAGACAUCCUUACCCAAGGAAAGACUCAUGAAUUUGAUGGAAAGCAGGUUGAGAUCAAGAAAGCGGAACCGAAAAAUGCAAUGCAAGAUUCCCGUUCUCGUUCUGGUUCCGGAAGGGGUGGUUAUGGAGUUGACCAAGAGGAUUAUGGGUAUGGUGAUGGUUAUGGAGGAUACAUAGGUGGUCACAGAUCAGCCGGUGGUUAUGGUGGUGGUUAUGGAGGUGCUUAUGUUGGUGGGUAUGGUGGAGGUUACGCUAGUGGUGGUUUUGGAGCUGAUUAUGUUGGUGGAUAUGGAAGUGGAUAUGGUGUUGGAGGUGGUUAUGACCCUGAUGGUUAUGGUGGUAUGGGUUAUGGAGGAUACUCUGGUGGAGGCUAUGGUGGAGGUUAUGGUGGUAGCCGAAGUGGUGGUAGGUAUCACCCGUAUAACAGGUAGAAGAUGCCAAUAAGCUGAUGGCCCGACACUGUAUGAUGACCUGUUUUUGCACUCAACUUUUGUUUAAAACACUCGAAGCUGUAUAAAACACUCAAGGCUGAAUGCAAUGUGAAUCUGGGGGUUUUGUUAUUUACAUUAAUUUCACUGUUUGAAGGGCAGACAUUCUUAAAUGAUAUUCACAACAAAUUUGGCAGCUGUCAGUGGAGGACAUUAAUUUUUUUCGAGACUGCUCUGUUUUCUGGUAUUACUUCAUUCUUGCUCCUCCAUUAAUUAAAUUGCAAUAUCCUUUUCAUGCA